CCUCCGGGACAGAGAGGAAGCUGGUGGGAAGUACAAAUGAAAGGAGAAUCAAACAAGAGGAUCAGGGCCCUGGUCUCGGAGACGGGGGCAGAGGUCCGCACGGUGAGUGAGGACCAGAUGUCGGUCUUUGCCCCCACCAGAGAGGUACUGGAGGACCUACUAGGGAGGGUGGAGUCCAUUCUUCAGGAGGAGGAGGAGAAUGAGGAGUUUGAGGUGGGGGCCAUCUAUCCUGUGGUGGUGAAGGAUGUCAGAGACUAUGGCCUCAUCGUAGAGCUGGCUCCCGGGGUGGACAUUCUGCUGCACAAGUCACAGAUGUCUCACAAAUUUAUCAUCCACCCGUCAGAGCUGGGAGUGACGGUGGGGCAGACCAUCAACGUCAAGUACUACGGACGAGACCCAGUGACCCAGAGGCAUCACAUCUCCCGCAAGGCUCUCCUCAGUCCUCCCGCUCAGGACUCUGGAUCCACCGUCGUUCAGACUCUCCUUGACUCCUUCACUAGCACGUCCCCACACACUGACAAACACUCAAAGUCAUGAUGAUCACCCUGUAAUUGUCUCUUUAUUAGUAGAGUACUUUCUCAUAUCAUGCCUGCAAGGAUCGAUGCGUAGGGUUGGUAUAUAUUAUGAUGCAUGGUAAACAAGUUGUACUCUACUCCUAUAAUUAUACAGCCAUUGUGCUCUGUGCCUAUGCAACGUGUGUUUGUAGCUUUGUGAUAUGGUAUAAUAUGGUCAGUUGUCAGCUGGUAUAUAAGAUUGGAUGCCCUGGUGAUGUGUA